AUGUACUUCAUUUCUGACAUAUUGUUUUCGCGUGAAGGUGACGUGAAGCGGCAGGAUGCUGUUAACAAAAUGUUGGAAAAUCCCACGUACAAAGUGCUCGGAUGUGCACCUUUUGCUAGAAGGAUCGUCAUGCAUGGUAGUUGUGUUUGCCUCCGCUGCAUAACUGAGCGCUGGAAAAACUGUUCAAUCGAACAGGUGAAUAAUCCUAUGAAGCAAACAUUGGAUAACGGAAGUCGUCUGGUAGACCUUUGCGAGCAGACGAACCUCACCACUGCAUUCACGUCUAAAGGGAAUUAUCGACGCCAUCAGCUUACUUGGCAAAGGACAACCACAUUAGCGCUAGAAGAGCAGCGAAAGCGGAAGAUGCCAACUCUUAAGCAUCAGAUCGAUUACGUUCUGACAAGGAACAUUCCUUUGUCAGACAUCCGAAAAUCUACAGCUGUUUGGGACGUCGCAUUUGUUUCCGACCACCACCCAGUUCUUCUCAGCUUCAUGGUACGGUUUCAGAAAAGGAGUGGUGAAGCUCAACAUCAGCUGAAGCUCGAAUUGGCAAGCCUGAAAAACGGGGAAUGCAGAAAGAAGUUCGAGCUUCGAUCAACAUUGGAUUAUGGACUAGGAAGAAAGACGAUGACUGAGUAUUUCAAUAAAUGCAUUCAGGACGCUGCAAAGGAAACGCUGCCGGUUUUAACACUGAGGAAGAAGUUCACCUUUGCAUCUGUGGAGACAAUAUCCACGUACAAUUCUGUAUGCGUUGCCCGCAAAACUGGUGACUUCAGCCGGAAGAAGCGACUGAGGAGGUUGCGUCGUUAG